CGUUAGUUCGACAGCAGGGCGUUUCUAAAUCAUAAGCUCUGCUAGGGAGCAGGGGAGGGGACGGAGCUGCGACUAAACAUGGAAGGAAAACGAGAAACUCGAACAGCACACUGAAUGUCUAAGUAACCGCCUGUUAACGGAAACACCCGGAAAGCUGCUGGCGGGACGAGGAAGGACUGAAACCCUGCACUCCCAUUGGCGUCUGGACAGUAAAGAGACAGCGGCGAACCUUUAACGGCAGCUCACUGGGACAAGAGAUCCGCUUGCGUCCGUGAAGCUCGUCCUUCGAGAUCACUGCAUCGAAGACAUCUGUCCACAGCAGAACCACAAGCACCGCAACCAUCAGCGGCCUCAUCAAUAGUUCAGUAGCUUCUUAAUGGCUGCUGAUGUUUCGUCUGAUUUAUGAUCCAGCCCUGAAGCCAUAACCACCUUAUAUCAGAUUUAGACCGGGACUGUCGCAGUGCGUUACAUCAAAGCUGCAGCUGCAAUAGGUCACAGUCACCUCAUUAAUUAUACACACAUCUUUGCAUUCCGUUGUUGUUGUUCCACUCGCACAAAACACCCAACGAAGAGCGACAGUUGACCCUGCGCCUGCGUUCGCUCAGGAUGGUGGAGCCCGUUUGUGCCACCGGCAUGGCCGCCAAGCUGAGGAGCCAGUGGGAUCGCGACGACGGCCUGGGGCAGAACCACAACGCCGUCAAGUAUCUGGGGCAGGACUUCGAGAGUCUGAAGGCCCAAUGCCUCCGGAGCGGGAAGCUGUUCGAGGAUAGCUUGUUCCCCUGCGCUGCGUCGUCGCUGGGGUUCAACGAGCUCGGCCCGAGAUCCGCCAAGACCUACGGAGUCCGCUGGAUGAGGCCCACGGAGUUCUGCAAGCGCCCCGAGUUCAUCGUGGACGGAGCUACUCGCACAGACAUCUGUCAGGGAGCUCUAGGGGACUGCUGGCUGCUGGCGGCCAUCGCCUCGCUAACCCUAAACGACAACCUCCUCCACAGAGUGGUUCCCCAUGGACAGAGCUUCGGGCAGGGAUAUGCUGGCAUCUUUCACUUCCAGUUCUGGCAGUUCGGCGAGUGGGUGGAGGUGGUGAUCGAUGAUCGGCUGCCGGUGAAGGACGGGAAGCUGUUGUUCGUCCACUCGGUGGAGGGCACCGAGUUCUGGAGCGCGCUGCUGGAAAAGGCCUACGCCAAGUUGAACGGCUGCUACGAGGCCCUGUCAGGCGGCAGCACGUCGGAGGGCUUCGAGGACUUCACGGGCGGCGUGACGGAGAUGUUUGAGCUGAGGAAAGCCCCACCCGACCUCUUCAGCAUCAUCAGCCGGGCCAUAGAGAGGGGAUCUCUGCUGGGCUGCUCCAUCGACAUCAGCAACACGUCGGACAUGGAGGCCGUCACGUUCAAGAAGCUGGUGAAGGGACACGCCUACUCUGUGACCGGUGUGGAGGAGGUCGUGUACAGAGGAAACCUGACCAAGCUGGUCCGCAUCAGGAACCCCUGGGGUGAAGUGGAGUGGACCGGAGCCUGGAGCGACAACUCCAGGGAGUGGGACAGCGUGGAUCACUCCGUCAAGAGUCGGCUUCAAAACCGCAGCGAGGACGGUGAAUUCUGGAUGUCGUUCAACGACUUCCUGCGCGAGUUCACCCGCCUGGAGCUGUGCAACCUGACGGCCGACGCGCUGCAGAACAGCCAGCUGAAGAAGUGGAGCUCCUCGCUCUAUCAGGGGGAGUGGAGGAGAGGCAGCACGGCCGGAGGCUGCAGGAACUACCCAGCAACCUUUUGGCUCAACCCUCAGUUCAAGCUCGUGCUGCAGCACCCCGACACUCCCGGCCAAUCGGACUGCAGCUUCCUGGUCGGCCUCAUGCAGAAGGACCGCAGGAAGAAACGGCAGGAGGGCAAAGACAUGGAGACCAUCGGGUUCGCCCUCUAUGAGGUUCCAAAGGAGUUUGUGGGCCGGUCAGGGGUCCACCUGAAGCGAGAGUUUUUCCUCACCCACGCCUCCAGCGCUCGCUCCGAGCUCUUCAUCAACCUGAGGGAGGUCAGCUCGCGGUUGCGGCUGCCGGCCGGGGAGUACGUCAUCGUCCCCUCCACCUUCGAGCCGCACAAAGAGGCCGACUUCUGCCUCAGGGUCUUCUCGGAGAAGCCCGCCGACUCGGAGGAGCUGGACGAUGACGUCGUAGCGGAUCUCCCAGCAGAGACUAAGCUGGAUGAGAGCCAGAUCGACUCCGGCUUCAAGAGUCUCUUCAGACAGCUGGCGGGGCCGGACAUGGAGAUCAGUAUCACGGAGCUGCAAACCAUACUGAACCGGAUCAUCAGCAAACACAAAGACCUGAAGACGGACGGCUUCACGAAAGAAGCCUGUCGCAGCAUGAUAAACCUCAUGGACACGGACGGCAGCGGGAAGCUCGGCCUGACGGAGUUCCACGUGCUCUGGGAGAAGAUCAAACGAUACCUGACCAUAUUCAGGGAGUUUGACCUGGACAAAUCAGGCACCAUGAGCUCCUACGAGAUGAGGAUGGCUCUCGAUUCCGCAGGUUUCAAGCUGACCAACAACCUGUUCCAGCUGAUCAUCCUGCGCUACACGGAGGCCGACAUGACCGUCGACUUUGACAACUUUGUCACCUGCCUGGUCAGACUGGAGACCAUGUACAAAACCUUUCAGACUCUGGACACAGAUAAGGACAAAGUCAUAACGCUCAACUUCUUUCAGUGGAUUACUCUGACCAUGUUUGCCUAGAGACGAGUGGACACCUCUGUAACUGCUGCUGCAGCUCCAGGCCCGGUGCAUUGUCGUUUCAAAAGUGCCUUUUCCAGCUCCAGUUCUUCCCGUCCUCGCUGCCGAGGCCCUCUGAUGCUAAAAGACUGUAAAUCCAUCUUUUUACAGUGCCUACAUUGGAAACAUGUGCCAGUCCAGUGUUUUUCCAUCUGUUGUGCCAACAGAAGGACGCUCACCCUUAUUGUAUCCUUGCAGCCAUCCAGCUGCAGCACCGACUGUGUGCUGGGCAGAGCAUUUUUAGCUAGGCUAUGUAGACAUUUUAGAGCUACACUGCAGGCAGAAAUAAAUGUAUUGGUUAAAUUUCAGUGGGAAGAGACAAGGUUUCCAACAAUUUUGUCGCUAUAGGUACCUUACAUGGUUAAAAAAAGAAAGCUAGUCGAACCUUUUCCCUCCAAAAAGUUAGCUCCCUUAGCCUAGCUGUCAUCCGUGAUUGAAGCAAUGCAAAAAAAAAAACGACUCAAAAGUAAGAACUGAAACAAGAAAAAGAAGUAAUACAUUGAUGAACUGACUAACAAACAUUUGAUUAACAAACACAAAAAUUUGACAAAGUAACUGAGGGAAAAAUAUGAGUAAAUUUCACAUUAUUAUUGUGUUAGCCGCCCGCCAUAUUAGCAAAAUUCCUGAACUUGGUUAAACUUACAGACAUGACCAGAUUUAUGUAAUGAGUGUGACAAUUGUUCAUUUAUGUUUUUCCCUUAAUAGUUUGGUUUUAGUCUUUGUCUUGGCUAAAGUAGAUGAGGACCAUGUUUACUAUACACAAGUAGCUACCUAGCACGUCAAAAUUGUGUGUUUGCUGUCCAUCUUGCACUGUAAUUCGACCAAUAUGAUUAUUUAUGCUCUUUUAAAAUCCAUAUAGACCAAAACCAAAACCCAUUUGAGGUGGCCAACUCUGACAUUUUAUCAGCUGUCCAAUUUAAAAUGAUGUUUUUAUCUGGAACGAACCAUCAAUGAUUCAUCUUUAUCGUAAAAGACUAUGAGGGAUACUUCUACUUUGCUAAAUUCAUCAGAAUUUUGAUCAAAUCAGUGUAUUGAUUGACACCUGGCUCCUCCACCACGAGUUAAUGCACUUGAAAUCAACCAGACAAUCUGCAAAACGCUCCUCUCCAGCAUAUAUUGUCACUUAUCUGUGCCAGAUGUGGUUGGUGUGGAGAGCUGUUUAAUGUGCCAGCUUGUUCUUUGGCCUGCCGUUCAAUGCCCCACAUUGAAUGUGCACAACGUGUAUCUGUACUCGGCCUUUGUGAAGUUGCCGGUGUGGCGCUUAAUGUUUACUGUACAUCUUGUGCCAAACGUUGUUUUUGUGAAGCCUCUCUGGGCCCCUGCAGUGCAGCGACAACGCCGGUGCACUCUGUCGUAGAGAAUGUGUCGAGAUGUCUUUCUUUUAGACUAGUUCCUGUUUAGCGUUGAAAUAUACCUGCUUAUCUUUAUGCAUGGCACAUGUGGAGAAAUAAGCGUUUUAUAUAAUGUCUGGAACUGGAUGACUUUUUGGGUUAAAAGGGGAACGCGUCAUCCUUGUUUAAUCUGGGGAGCGAGAACACGUCGGUACUUUUGGUGAGGGUAAACAAUUAUGCAAGACGGAUGGAUACGUCGCAUGCAUGCAGUGUGAAAUGUGAUAUAAUGUCUGCCUGCCUACUUUCUGUUCAACCAGGGGAGCAAGUGUUUUAUUUGAUAAAGUAACGUCACUUUUUUUGGGGGCGGGGGGUGAAUGACUUGAAAGCCUUUUUGAAUGCGGAGAUUCACGUGUAAAGUCGACCUGCAAGUGUUUCAAAUGCCGAAACUUUUUUUUUUCUGCCAAUUACUUUGUGUCAAAUGUUUGUGUUGCUGUAAAUGGAAGAAAAAAAAAUCAGAUUUGAAACUUUUAAAUCAACUCAUAGCGACUGCCAAGCCUGUUAACUUGUAUAGCGCUCCAACGAUGCCAGCGUAUCUUAUCUUCAGUUUUUGCAGCGCAAUGCUUAUAUAACAUUAUCUAAUGUUUACACAAGUGACAUUCUGGGUCUCUUUGGACCCAUUCAUCAUGCAGUACGUUGGUUUACUGCGCAGCGACUCUGUAAAAUGUCAGUACGCACUUUUAAAAUAAACAUGGGGAUGUUUUCAA